AUGUCAUUUGAUAAAAACAAUCGACUCUCGCGAGACAGACAACGGUCACCUUUCCGACGCGCCUCGAAAUUCGACCAUUACGAUAUACCUACGAAGCUCCCAUCACCCCCUCAGGAAGAUGGUCCGCAUCCACGACACGCUAUUCGCCCAAGAUCUCUAGCCGAUGCAUAUCGAGACGCAUCAAAACACGCAAUGUCCGCCACAUACGACGACGAAUACCAUUACGUGACAUCACCAAGCCCGCGAUCGAAGCGGCAACCAGUUAACGCGCGGAUUGACGAAGAUGACGCUCUAGCCGAUCUUGUGCGCGACUAUGACUGGGAGCCGCAGUACAGUGCACGCUCCGGAAGCCGAAGUCGCCCCUCGUCCUCCCGAUCGAAGGACACAAAUAACGGUAGAGGAUCUACCAAUGGCCCACCCUUCUCCGACGCUGGUUUUGGCGAUGAACUCGGCAACCUUCGAGCCCACAAGAGCAGGGACUAUACCAAAGAUGAAGAACGCCUAAAACGCGUCACGGGCCAACGCUCGCCGGUCUUCAGCAGGGCUCAGGUCGGACGAGAUGUCUUGACGGCAGAUAAUUUGAGAAGACGAAUGGAAGAUAAGAUUGAGGUGGAUCACGACGUGCCAGAGGCUGACAGGAACGGUGUUCCUUCGCCGAAUAUACCCGCUGGCUGGGGCCAUCGCGCAGGUCACCGACAAGAAUGGGAGAGAAAGCCUACCCAGCGUAGUGUUUCUGAAGAAGAAGUGGAAAAAGCACGUCGACGCUGGUCGCCAACUAUCACGGAAGCAACCCAAGCGCCCAAUUCUACGCGUAUCUCUCGUUCUCCGGCGCGGAGCACACUUUCGGCUAGAAGCGCUCUUGAAGAACGUACCGCCAAUCCGCAUAUGCAGGCAACGCAGAAGGACUUUGGGGAAACUCAGUCUGGUCUAAAGCUGACCUCACCCACUAGUGGCGGCGAAGCAAUCCCCAAUUCCCCAAUCACUGUGUACAAAAACUCGUCAGUCGCGAGGCCUAGCCCCAACAAGCGCGACUCCCGGGAUCUACUACGAAAACUUUCUAGAACUGAAACUCCAAAAAUUGAUCAUGUCCAAACUCCCGAGCCACUCAAAUUUUUUCAAAGCAAAAUCUAUGACAAGACCCCUCGGGUAACUGGCGCGUGGAUCGAUACUCCCAUGACACAGCGUGUGGCUGAGAAGAUCGAGCUUCCCGAAGAUCUGACGAAAGAUAUCAUUCCUCCACGCAUAACGAAUGAGCCCAAAGAUAUUGCACCUCCUACAAAACCAACAGAUGUCAAAUCGAAAGCCGAGGAAUCAAAGCCCUCUCAGACUACAGAGAAAGAGCCCCCUCCUGAAGCACUUCCUGGGAAGGAGUCAAGGCCCCCGUUGGUGCGACCUCAUCUACCUAAAAGUGCCUUGGAGACGGUCAUCGAGGAUGCCAGCUCCGGCAAAGACGUCGAGUUCGGGGAUGAUACCAUCGAGUCCCUUCAAGCAUUUAUGGACGCCGGGUCAGGUGAAGACAAAAUCGUGGAAGACGACGAAGCUUACGAAAAGGCCGUCCUCGCUCAGCUCGAAAAUGCCAGUUCAAAAGACAAUAAUGACGUGGUCAACUUGGAUUCAUUGAAUGUCAAGCUCAACUCUCUAAUGAGACAUAUCGACGAAGUCAAGAAAGGGCUCGACGGCCUAGAAGACCAUGUUACACGAGACACCGAAAUUGUAUCGCAGGUGAGCCCUUCAACCAAGAAGAGCCCGCAACCAUCGCACUUGCACACAGGGGAAACCUGCAAAGGCUGUAGCACGCACUCUGAUGGACGAGUCUACGCCGCGAUACCUCUUCCUCGGCUGUGGAACCGGAGCCCGCGAUCACAACGCCUUCGGCCCACCAAGCUCGGCUGGUUCAUCAUCAUCUCACUAUCGUGGUAUAUCAUCGAAUGCCUGAUGUGGGACCAAUAUAGUCAUCCCGAGAUAUCCGAAAGCUGCGAAGGCUACUGCCUGCAGCCUGAUGCGCCUUUGUAUCCCUGGGUAACUGUCACAAUGUUGUGGCGCUGGUCACAUCUGUCGACUAUUUUUACGCCCAUUUUCGCUAUCUGUACUGCUUUCUCUCGGCUCGUGGCGCAGUUGAUGGGUCUUUCGGAUGGCUACGUGGAUGAUGCGCCAGAGCUUGGAAAUAUCAUUGGCGAAAUUCGCAUCAACGGAACGCCAGUUGCUUUCCCGUGGCUUUCAGCCCCCACAGCUGAGGACGUUGUGUCUCAACCGCAGCAGGUUCACUAUACACAGCAGCCCGUGCAACCAGUGCAGCCUGUCUGGUCAGCUCGGAACCUACCCCCGCAGAGGUUGGACAAUGACCAACUGUCGGGGGAGGAUGCAAUGGACAACGAUGAAUACCUUUAG